AUGAGCACGCAGCAGCUCAAGCAGGACUACUUGCCUAUUGUGCCAGAGAAUCUGUUGCACAACACGCAAAACGUGGCAUUCGUGCGCAACAUGACAGCACCUAUCCUGGGUCUCGUUGCCGGCGUGCUGGGCUUGACUGGCUUCACGGGCUUUGCUCUGUUUUUGGCUGGUAGCAUCGCCGUAUCUCUAUGCAUCUAUGCUCUACGAAUGCCAGAGGUGGCAGAUGCCAAGACCAUUUCGCGACAUGGACGCGCUACACGCUACUUGGGUGACCCGUGGUCGCUGUGGCUCGGCGUUGUGUCUGGCAGCGGAGGACUUCCUACCUAUCUUCUCACAUGGACUCUCUUCUAUGGUCUUGUACACGUAUACGACUAG